AUCAUCAACACAUCUUGCUCAAUAUAUAUAUACAUAUAUAUAUUAGCGCUGACUCUUCACAAAAUCCUCAGCAUUCACGCAACUCCCGCUUCUUUCUCUCUUUUCAGCAUCCCCAACAUAAUAUUGUAACAUAGAAAAUUUGAGAAAAUUCAAAGAAAGUUGAUUUCUUGGAAGUGGGGUUUAUGUAUAGAUUCAUGUACAGUGAUAUAUACAGAGAAAGAGGGUAAUAAUGGAAGAUCAAGGUGAUAUAGAGAAUGAAGGAGGAGGAAUUGGGGUGAUGAUAAUGGAGAAUGGCAAAGAUUUGGAGAGGAAUAUUUCAGCGGUUUCUGAGAGUGGUGUUAGACAGCCAUUGCUUAGUUCUAAAAGCAGAGUCAAUAAUACCUCACAAAUUGCUAUUAUAGGAGCCAAUGUUUGCCCCAUUGAAAGUCUUGAUUAUGAGAUUAUUGAAAAUGACCUUUUCAAGCAAGAUUGGAGAUCUAGGAAAAAAGUCCAGAUAUUUCAAUAUAUAUUCCUAAAGUGGACACUUGUGCUUCUUAUUGGAUUGAGUGUAGGGCUUGUUGGUUUCUUUUUAAACAUAGCAGUGGAAAAUAUUGCUGGCUUCAAGCUUCUGCUCAUUAGUGACUUAAUGCUUCAGGACAAGUAUUUCCGUGGAUUUGCUGCUUAUGCAUGUUGCAAUUUGGUUCUUGCGACUUGUGCUGGAAUCCUAUGUGCAUUUAUUGCACCAGCAGCUGCAGGGUCAGGAAUACCUGAAGUGAAAGCAUAUCUCAAUGGUAUCGAUGCUCAUUCCAUUUUAGCUCCAAGUACUUUAUUUGUGAAGAUAUUUGGUUCUGCUUUGGGUGUUUCUGCUGGAUUUGUUGUUGGCAAGGAAGGACCCAUGGUCCAUACUGGCGCUUGCAUAGCAAACUUGCUUGGACAGGGCGGCUCCCGCAAGUAUCAUCUGACUUGGAAGUGGCUGAAGUAUUUCAAAAAUGACCGUGACCGUAGAGAUUUGAUCACUUGUGGUGCUGCAGCUGGUGUUGCAGCUGCUUUCCGAGCCCCAGUCGGUGGUGUUCUUUUUGCUCUUGAAGAAGUAGCCUCAUGGUGGCGAAGUGCUCUUCUUUGGAGGACCUUCUUCUCGACUGCUGUAGUAGCUAUGGUGCUCAGAUCUUUCAUUGUAUUCUGUCGGAGCGGGAAAUGUGGACUAUUUGGUCAAGGAGGUUUGAUAAUGUAUGAUGUGAAUUCAGGAGCACCUAAUUAUAACACUAUAGAUGUACUGGCAGUGUUGUUAAUUGGAGUUCUUGGAGGCCUUCUCGGAAGCCUUUAUAAUUAUCUAGUGGACAAGGUCCUCCGGACUUACAGCAUCAUUAAUGAGAGGGGUCCUGCUUUCAAAGUCUUGCUCGUAAUGACCAUUUCAAUCCUGAGUUCUCUUUGCUCGUAUGGUCUACCGUGGUUUGCAACUUGCACACCAUGUCCUGUAGGCUUGGAGGACAAGUGCCCUACUAUAGGUCGCUCUGGAAACUAUAAGAAUUUCCAGUGUCCAGCGGGGCAUUACAAUGAUCUAGCCUCCCUGUUUAUGAAUACCAAUGAUGACGCCAUCCGCAAUUUGUUUAGCUCAGAUAAUUCCAGCGAAUUUCACCUCUCUUCGCUUUUUGUCUUCUUUGCUGGGGUAUAUUGCCUUGGCGUCGUUACUUAUGGAAUUGCUAUUCCCUCUGGGCUAUUCAUUCCCGUCAUACUUGCCGGUGCCUCCUAUGGACGUUUUGUUGGGACUGUCUUGGGUUCGAUAUCCAAUCUUAAUAACGGCCUCUUUGCUCUCCUUGGUGCUGCUUCCUUCCUCGGGGGUACUAUGAGGAUGACGGUAUCCAUCUGUGUCAUACUACUUGAGCUCACCGAUGACCUGCUAAUGCUUCCAUUGGUGAUGCUUGUGCUCCUUAUUUCAAAGACUGUGGCUGAUUGUUUUAACCAUGGUGUCUAUGACCAGAUUGUGAAAAUGAAAGGCUUGCCUUAUUUGGAAGCACACGCCGAACCAUACAUGAGGCAAUUAGUUGCAGGAGAUGUUUGUUCAGGGCCUUUAAUUACAUUUUCAGGUGUUGAGAAGGUAGGGAACAUAAUACAUGCUUUGAAGUUUACUAGACACAAUGGGUUUCCCGUGAUUGAUGCACCGCCAUUCUCAGACGCGCCAGAGUUCUGUGGACUUGCUUUAAGGUCACACCUACUUGUUUUGCUCAAAGCAAAGAAAUUCACGAAACUAAGUGUAUUGAGCGGCUCCAGUAUUUUGAGGAGUUUUCAUGCGUUUGAUUUCGCUAAGCCAGGAUCGGGGAAGGGGCCUAAGCUCGAGGAUUUGUCCUUCACCGAUGAGGAGAUGGAAAUGUAUGUAGAUCUCCAUCCUGUCACAAAUACAUCUCCAUACACAGUAGUGGAAACCAUGUCUCUGGCCAAAGCUGCAAUCCUUUUUCGACAACUUGGUCUGAGACACUUGUGUGUUGUACCAAAAAAGACUACCGGGAGGGAUCCAAUAGUUGGAAUUUUGACAAGGCAUGACUUUAUGCCAGAACAUAUAAAGGGACUGUACCCACAUUUGGUCCAUCACAAGUAGCAGAGAGAAAGUAGCUCUUUUAACAGGCAAUGGGGCAACCUUUAUUUAGGGAGUGUUAUACAUCACUCCACAUUGAGCUCUGUACACUAUCUUGCCAAAUUUUCUCAUUGACAAAGAAUUUAGUGGUCUCAAUUAGAGCAAAAGUUUUCCUUUACUUUGAAUUAUUGAACUUUCUUGUUUUGAUGGUUUAACAAAUAGUAUUGCAUAGAUGAUUAUAAUAACA